GCACGAACAUCCGACUUGUUCGCCUGUUUCCCGCUGGCUCAAGAAAGUUUUCACCGAUCCCUUCGGUGGGACUGUGCGGAAUUGUGUCUACUACUACCUCGUGAAAUUUGGUGACGAUCCAACGGUGAAAUCUCCGAUAAAAUCGAAAACACCGAGUGAUGUUCGGAGCUAGGCGAACAGGAGAGAAGGAAAUAAGUUUAAUGCCCAUCGUGCCCUUUUUUAUGAAGGGGUACGGAGUGAUCUGGACCGUUUUGUGUUUUUCGUAAGAGAAGGGUGGGUGUAUUAAAUCAGAAGUCUAAUUUCUUGGGGUUUGGAUUUUUUUUUAAAGAUCAGAUCGGGAGGAGCAGAUGGGAUUCAUACAUUUUCUUUUGGUCCGUAGAGGAGCUUGAGGAGGGGCGCUGCUGCGGAUGGCGCAGGCGCAGAUGGUGGCGCUGAUGGCGGUGAUGGCCGCGAUGUUGAAGCGGCAAAACAAACAGCAAACGCGUCCGCGGGAGAGCUUUGAGGCAAACAAUGUUGGAGAGGCCGUCACACGGAUGAUUCCUUAUUUAGAAGAUACAACCCAAGCAAAUCAGGACAUCUACUUUGAUGGAUGGAGUGGACUCGCUGCAUCCAAGGUCCUUAGAGCUAUAGCUCAAGACCCUCCACCAUCUCUCACAAGCAAGUUUGAUAGCAUUAUCCAUGUCGACUGCUCAAGAUGGAAAAAUCGAAGAGCAGUACAAAAGGAAAUUGCACAUAAGCUAGAGCUUCAACAACAAGUAAUGGAUAUCUUUUCCAAACAAGACGAGGAUGAUGAUCUCAAUGGGGUAGAUGAAGGCCAUAGGGUGGAGAUAAGAGAUGUGGGGAGAGCCAUUCAUCAUGCCUUACAAGGACGCAGCUGUUUAGUGGUGUUCCACAAUGGGAGCAACCAGUUGGUAGACUUCAAUGAUUUCGGCAUUCCUAAAUAUACAGAUGCAUGGUCAAACCAUGUUAGUAAGGUACUGUGGACAUUCCGAGGAAGGCUCAACGUAGUUAAGGGAGAUGGGCAAACAAAACCUAAAGUAAAGUCUAUACCAAAAGAGCCCGAUGAAGAACAGUUAACAGAAGGAGUGAACAAUUCACAAAUUUAUCUCUACUCAUAUUUUGGUCCAACCAAAUCUUAUUGGAUGGAUAUGUUACAAGAAGAGGCCAAAGAAAUAGUUCAAUAUACAGAUAGCCUUGAUGCCACGGCAGAAGAAGCUACAAAGUGUUGCUUGUAUCUAUUGUCACUGGCUUGUCAGUACUGUGAAAACAUGGACUACAAUUGGGCUACCCAUGCUUCCAACUAUUGGGUUUGUGAUGGGAUUAUACAAGGAGGUCAGUCUGACAAAGCAUGGAAGGUUGCUGCUUCUCUGCAUCAACAGAUGCGACUGGAAGAUUAUUCACCUGAUAGGAAGCCCCACUUUGAUGACAAAUUGGAGGCUCCCCCGAACCGGUGGGUUUCAGAAGUCGCCAAAGGGCCCACAUAUAGUUAUGAUCGGAAUGUACAUCCAGAGUCAACAUCAUUUUUCUUGACAAGCUGGCGAGAUAGACUCGAUGAACCAUCAAACAUGUUUCAACAGUCGAAGAAUCUUUGUGUACUGAAACUAUAUCAGUGUACCUUCAGCUUUUAUUCACCUCCUUUCUCUUGCUGCCGCAGCUUAAGAUUCCUUGGUUUAGAUCACUGCAAAGAUCAGGGGCAUGAGCAGAAGCAAAAGAGGCCAGCAAUGGAGUUUUUUCAUAGCCUGUGGGUGCUGGACAUAUGCUACACAGAUUGGGGACCAGGAAUAUCCGAAGAGAUAACUGAGCAAAUGGUAUCAAACAUUAGAGAGGUACACAUAAAGAAGGGAAGGAUCUGGCGCCACAAUCUUGCAUGGCGAGAACUGAAAAACCUACACAAGCUUCUUGUAAUUGAGCCUACAAGUCCAUGGGAGACUGGCAAGAAGGACGAGUUCACAGAUAUGUUAAAGUUGGAGCUUCUUGACCUAUCUAAGAAUAGUACGAUGCAAAUUUUGCCAAGCCUAUCAGGGGCAACUGGUCUCAAGAUUCUUGUGCUCGAUGGUUGUGUUGGAUUGGAUCAUGUUGACCAUGAAGAACUUCCUCCAUUACUUGAAUCGUUCAGCCUAGAUGCAAGAGAUAAAGAAGGAGAUGUUAACAAGGAAGCUGCAAUUGCUCGCAUCUCCUUGGUCGGUUGUGCAAGAUUGGUUAACUUCAGAUUGGGUGGGUCAUUGCCAAAACUUGCAGAACUGGAUAUUUCAGCCACAGCAGUCGAAAUUCUUAACCUCCAAAAUCCGGUUGUCCAGGUCCCAAGCCUCCAACAAAUAAUUUUGCUGCGUUGUUUGCAGCUCAAAACCAUAUUGUUGCCAGGAGAGGGUUUGCCGAAGUUGGGAGUAUUUCAGAUUGAUUCGAAUAGUCCCGGACAAAUAAUUUGGCCGUGUAUGUGGGAUGAGUCAUUACUCCCUGGUACUUGCUGCACCUACACUGAUGUUGCUAUUGACAAGGUAGCUGCUGGCCAUGAGCACAACAGUUCCGUGCAGUUUCAACCAUCAGGCUGCCAUUUGGAGAUUGGUGAGGGAAUUGCCUAUAAUAAUAUGGCAAGUGCACAAGGAGUCAGCUCAGUCAUCUCUAUGCUGAACAAGGCUGGGUCAAUGCACAUGCAUGACAACUCUUCCAUCACAACUGCUAUCCCUGAACGCUUGGUGUCUGCAGGAAGGAAGAAAAUUGGUUGGUUUCACCUAAAACAGUGCCAUGUUGCAAGAUGCCCAAUGCUGCACACAAUCUUCCCCUCUCAUUACGAAUUCAAUUGCUUCCAAGAACUGGAGUCAUUUUCGGCAUCUGAUCUGCUGAUGGCCCGCUGCAUUUGGAGCAAAGGAAUGAUCAGUACCCAAGAGGACCUGGCGGCUGGUUCCUUUGUGAAUUUGCGGAGCAUACAACUGCAGUCCUGCCCAAGGCUCACGUUUGUCCUCCCACUGUGGUCAUUCACCUUGCCCAACUUGGAGACCCUCAAGAUUGCGUAUUGUUAUGAUCUAAAGUAUGUAUUCCCGGUGGACCUAGCAGGUAUUGCUGCCAGCCAUGGAAAACGUGUGCUGUUCCAAAAUCUGAAGAGCAUCCACCUGCAGGAGCUCCCCAAGCUGCAAAAGAUAUGUGAGGCCCAGAUGAUUGCUCCCAACCUUGAGACCGUCAAGCUCAGGGGCUGCUGGAGCCUCAGGUGCCUCCCGGCCACUGCCAUCCCACAUGGAGACAGCCGCCCUGUUGUGGACUGCGAGAAGGACUUGUGGGAGAAGCUAGAGUGGGACGGGUUGGAGGCCGGCCACCACCACUCUCUCUUUGUGCCACGCCACUCGUUAUAUUACAAGCAGGUCUUGCCUAGAGUCUCCGUCCUCCGGUGAACUGGCCUGACUUGAUGAGGUUUGCUGAUGGCAAGAAGUCGUUGUAUCUCUGUUUUCUACCGCGGCUGUUGCUGACCAAAGUUGAUGGUGUGUUUAUUGAUGUGUUCGGAUGAUGGCUUGGUCUGGUUUGUGUCCAAAUAAUAGGGGCCGAUGUGUCUAGGGUGUGCAUAUCACAGUAAUGGAACCCUGUGUCAGAUUGUUGCUUGCAGAAAAUUGAAGUUUAAUGUUUGUAUCAUUGUAUCAUUGUUUGUACUCCCUCCGUCGCGAACUAAGGGAGUAUCAUUGUGUAGCAGCAUGUUAAUGCUGGCUGAGGAUGGCGUGAUAUGAUCGAAAUGUAUUGUUGACUUUUUCGAUCAAAUAUUCUGGUAAUUUUUCCUUAGUAUACUAUGCAGUUUAUGUUUUUUUCUA